AAAUUGAAUAAUUACAGUUGCCAUAUAUACCUUCCGUGCACCACGUGACUUCCUUUCCGGUCUAACCUGACAACAUGGACGCCGCCCGCGUGCAGCCGAUCAAGCUCGCUAGAGUCACCAGGGUGCUCGGAAGAACUGGCUCCCAGGGACAAUGUACACAGGUCCGUGUUGAGUUCAUGGACGACAGCAACCGCUCCAUCAUCAGGAACGUGAAGGGCCCAGUCAGAGAAGGAGAUGUGCUGACACUUCUAGAGUCUGAAAGAGAAGCCAGGAGGCUGCGAUAGUGCCCGCUGAAGUUGUGAGGUGCGAGUUCAACGCCGUGGAGCAGGAAACACCAUCGGUUUCACUUGUAAUGGCCAGCAUCUUCACUUGCUCAGAUGAUUUGAAAUAAAUCUGGUUAUUGAAAUGA